UCUUGGCAGCGUUUGUUGCGCCUUGGAGGGACGUCGCUUUUGGGGGGUGGCGGGGCCGCUGCCCUGCUCGGGGGAAGGAGAGUGUUGGUGUGUCGGCGCCAGUUAUCUGGUGCUGACAGCAAGACCAUGGAACAAAGAAGAGUUCAAAUCAUGGCCCGCGGACUUCCGAAGCAGAGACCCAUAGAAGGUGUUAAGCAAGUUGUGGUUGUGGCUUCUGGCAAGGGUGGAGUUGGAAAGUCAACUACAGCAGUGAACCUUGCCCUUGCACUAGCAGCGAAUGACUCGUCAAAGGCAGUCGGCUUGUUAGAUGUGGAUGUGUAUGGUCCUUCAAUUCCAAAGAUGAUGAAUCUGAAAGGAAACCCAGAGUUAUCACAGCGUAACCUCAUGAGGCCUCUUUUGAACUAUGGUAUUGCUUGUAUGUCCAUGGGCUUCCUGCUGGAAGAGACUGCUCCAGUUGUCUGGAGAGGCCUAAUGGUGAUGUCAGCCGUUGAAAAGCUGUUGAGGCAGGUAGAUUGGGGUCAACUGGACUAUUUAGUUGUUGAUAUGCCACCAGGAACUGGAGAUGUGCAGUUAUCAGUCUCACAGAAUAUUCCCAUUUCAGGUGCUGUGAUUGUCUCCACGCCCCAGGACGUAGCACUGAUGGAUGCUCGCAAGGGUGCUGAGAUGUUUCGAAAAGUUCAUGUGCCUGUUCUUGGCCUUAUCCAGAACAUGAGCGUUUUCCAGUGUCCAAAAUGUAAGCACAAAACUCAUAUUUUUGGUGCCGAUGGUGCAAGGAAACUAGCACAGACCCUCGAUCUUGAUGUUCUGGGCCAAAGCUUUCCUACGGAUCGCUGUGGAAGUGGUGAAGAGAUUACCCCCACCUCCAGCAUGAUGCCCAGGCGUGGGGAAGUUGACAACAAGAGGACCUUCCAAAGCCAACAGUGUGGUGGGAGCACCUGCCAGGAUAGGAGCAGUCCCAGUUGGCAUUUUGUUUUGUUUUGUUUUGUUUUCCCUAAGGAAAUGAUGUCUUAUUUUCAGAUUUUAUUUGCUAUGACCUGAUUUAACAAAAUCGUUACAUAUCAGUGUUCACUAUUAUAUUCCAGAAUUUUAUUUUUAAACCAUUGCAUAUCAGCUGCACGGAAUUGCACCUUGUCCUGUUGAACUAUCUUUUGAGGAAACCUGAGUUUAAGAUGUCAGAUCCCAUCUCAGGAGAGAACUGCACUGAUUUUGAGGAUCACCUUGUUGGUCAUUGAGAGAAUUUGCUGAAUUUAUUUGUGGAUGUGCACAGUUUUCUGUCUGCCUGAAUCCCUUCUCUCUCUUGGUAUGUUCUCAGUAUACAGGAGUCUCUGUUUUCUCACCAGGGUCAGGCUGAACCCCAGACUCGGUGAUUCCAAAUUUCUGGAGGUAGGCUUGAACAAUAAUAUUUUUAACAAGAACAUGAGAAUUUUUAUGACAUUUCUGAUUAUAAAGUCAAUAAUAUAUUGAUAUUAAUAAUGUCACUUCUUGGCAAAACUGUACCUUCACAGUGGAUUCUGUGUGACUGAUUGGGCUUAAAUUCAAAUUGAAGCCAACAGCCAUUUGCUGACAAGGGGUUACCUGGAAUUUAGUUAUGUACUGCGUUCUUGGAAAAAGCAGUUUGGUUUUUUUGAAGAUUUAU